GGCCGGUGGCAGUCACUUACAACAAAACAACAUACAUAUUGAAAAGUGUUUGAGUUGUUGGCCACUGUCAAACUGUGUAAUCGUUUGUAUAUUGUAUAAUGUUGGGAAAUGAUGAUGACGAGCUGAUCAGUGCUAUAUUGAUCUACUAGACGGUUCGUGAGUAUCUGGCUUGCCCCUUUCCGGCCAUCUUGACUUGUCGACGGAUCUAAAGUGAAACUUUGGCAAAAAAAUAUUGUUUUUCCAAUAAUGACCUAAAGGAAGAUCUUCUUUGAUUUUUUACGAGUUUCAAGGACCGGUAGGGAGUUCAUAUUGAUCAGCUGAAGAGAAAUACCAUUGGGAUAGUGUCUUUGGACUGUGAGAUCCAAAACCACGAUCAUGCGACCAAUCUCGAAUAGAAACUUUAUGCAGACUUCCUUCGAGUCUCUAUGAUGUGAGACAAGGAAUGGCUUCAAGUCCAAAGGAGGCACAAAAUGAGAAUGAAACUCAGAAUGAUGCAGAAAACACGCUUUCCGAUAGACAGGAUGGUACAAACCACAGUCGGUCCAACAGCGCUAUUUCUCCACCAGCUUGGCGAGUUGUGUUCUUGAGUUCUAAAGUGCGGCAUUCCACCGUUCUUAACUCGGCUGCUCGAUCAUCUGUUUUGUUCGUUCCCUACAAAUAUGACAGUUCAACGCUUGAAUCACUUCUAACUCAAGCUCAACAUAUUUUAGCUGGACGAAAAGCUGAAAGCAUUGCUUUCAUGGCUCACGGACAGGGAAGCAAUAUGUUCAUCUGUGCAAACGACGAUCAGGUAACGAGAAAUGAUACAAUUUUCUUGAUUAUAUUUAAAAAUCAUGUCAAACACGAGCUGUUUUCAGUCGAAAUCUUUAUUUUGUAUCUUUUUGAAUUAAAAAAUGCCAAUCCCUCUCCAAAAGAGGAUUAAGAAAAAUAACUGAUACAAAAAGCGAAACGUUAUUUUUAUUAGUUAUGUAUUGAGCUCACCGGAAGCGUUAUCAAAAUGGUAAUGAAGUUUGCUGGGGUUUUGAAGAACUCAGCUAAUAUUCUAAUGACAGCUGAAAUUGCUCUCUCAAACUAAUGUCUUGCUCGUCUGUUUAUCUGUUUUGAGGGUAUUGAAAAAAAAAAAAAACAUUUUCAACACGAUCUGAAAGACACUCGGUAAGAAGUCAUGAUGUUAUUUAUUUUAUUUUGAUCAAUGUGUGGGAGUGUAUCAUGCUAUUUUUAUCCGAAAUGGGAAUAUUCUCAAUGAACGUGAUAUUGAAAAUAUGUUUUUAUUUAAUUUAUGAGGAAUUUGGAAACUAACAUGUGGUGAUCAUAACAACUUCUAAUGGCUGAAAUAGCAGUACUUGUGACCAUAGCUUAAAUUUUAAUUGUAUGCUCAGUGGAUCUAUGAUAAUUACACAAUAUAAUAUUUUUACCAAGGUAAUUUCACUGCAUGCUGUCAAAGAACUUAAAGAAUUGCAGAAUUUCUUCGUGGAAAUUGUCAAACUUUGUUUGGAUGUUGAUUCACCUGGUGCCCGUCUGGACUUCCUUGCUUGUCCGCUCUCUCACAGCAGUGAUGCAAAAGAAAUUGUGGAGAUGCUGGAAGGCUUAACACAAGUAAGUUAACCUCCUUUUCUAUUUUAGUGCUUGGGAUAGGUGUAAAAAGGCUAAAUAAAAGGCUUAAUGGAGGAUAAUCAGCAGAUGUAGUAACCUGUUUAUUAUUUGGAACUGACUGACAUGACUUCCUUUCAAAGACCAAAUUUUUUGAGGAUUCAAAAUGUCUUGCCUGAUAUGUCAGUUCCUAAAUUUAGCUUUUUUACAAAGGCUAUAAAGCCACUCUCCCCAAAUCACUGUCUAAAAACAUCCUAAAGGUUGCUCAAAUGGUUACUCUCUGAGGGGAUGCGACCUUUUAACAGUACCCAGGCUCUAAACAAGAUACUUGAAAGACUUGUUUAAAUAUCACGGCGCUGUGUUAUGGAACACUAUUUACUCCUAUGAACAAGAAGUUGGAUUCUUGAGUCUCAAUAAUCUGAAAAAAUGCUUACUCAACACAGGCUAUUGUAAGGAAUUCAAAUUUGACAUACGUUCAGUUUCUCCUUGUGUAUCCUGAUAUUGUUUUCACUUAGAAGUUAUAAUAUAUAUAUCCCUUUCUAUUUUCAAAUUUAAGUGGUAUUUACACAACACGUAAUUUUCCUUUUUUUUCAUAUGACCCCAUAAGGUUGUGGUGUAGAAUAUUAUGGUGUUUAAAUAAAGGUCAUCAUCAUCUUUAUCCAAAGUAUUCCUGAAUGUGAAAUUUUAAAAUAAAAAUUUUGAGUAUUAAUCUUAACCCUUUUACUCCCCCAUCCUUAUUAGUAAUUCUCCUUAACAUUUUCUAUACAGUUAUUAUUAUGCUAGUGUAGAGAAUUUGGUAUUGGAUCAACUUAUAAUCCCCUCACUGAAAUUUUCCUUUAUCUCCUCACUUGACUGUUUGAUAUUUUAAUGAUAUUGUAAAGAGAAAUUCUGUCUUGGCUACCAGUGGUAGUUAAAGGUUAAACUUUACAACUUCCUCAAAUGUGAUUGGUGCAUUAGCUGCUUUAUUUUCACUAAUCAUUCUAUACAGUUGUAAUCAAACAGUGUAAUUGGACAGUUGGCUGUAAUUGGACGCCUCUAAUGGGACAGUUGAAGCAGCUAAUCAUACUAAGUCUAACCAGCCAAAUCCACUAUUCACAGAAUUGAUCAUGAUAACCAUAAUAGCAACAACCACUCAUCCUAAAGAAAACAACAGUGGCAUUUCCAAAGUGGAGUUUUUUACUUUAGACAUUGUCUCUACCACAGAUAUUUGUCCUAAAUAUAUAUAUUUGUUGUUUUUGGGAAUUGUGACUUUUAUGAUUAAUUGGAUUAAUUAUCCAGCUCAACCAAGUAGAGAAAAAGAAACUCACAAACCGAGUACAAAUAUCCUGCAAUAUUGUGUAGUUACUAGAUGAAUGGACAAUUGAUUAAUUUAUGUGGGAUCCUAUGCAAGCAUUACUUAAUAAGAAGUGUCAGAAACCUCUUCAUUAUUUGUUUCACUUUUCUAUCCCUAUUUAAAUUGUAGAUUAAAAAAGUAGUGGGAUAAUAAAAAACUUACGAGAUAUUUUGGUGUGUAAUAUCACUGAAUAUUUUAUCUCAUUUGUAUUUUGACUUGCACUGCAGGCUUGUCAAAAUAUGGCACAACUCAUUGAAAAUAUUCCACAAUAUUGCACACCAAAACAUCUUAUUAGAUGUCUUUACUUUUACACUUGUCUCUUAUUGUUACAUCUGGAAUGAAAACCUUGAUCAAAUGUGGAUUACACUGUUGUAUAUUGUUUUCAGGUUGCAAUAGGGAUGACUAAGGAGACCAUGGGUACAGAUUUCAGGAUCAAAGGGGAUGAGUUAAAGUAAGGAAGCUUUUCUGCCUAGUUUCAUUAUCACUGAUUUAACAUACUUUAGUUUGUAUCUAUCAUCUUGGUAGAUUAAUAUUUCACUGGAUCUGUUUGGUUUGAAAUCUGUAUCUACAUGACUUGUACAACUGAAAUCAUAUCUGAGACAUUUUGACAAAAAGUCCUUGCUAUAAUUUGUGGCCAUCAAAUUUUUUUUAUGCGCACAAUAAAGAAAACUCAAGUGAAACAUUAAAUAUUUUGAACCAUGAGUAAAAUUAACAAACAGUAUUAACAUUAUUAUAUGCUGUCUGUAUAAAUUUUUACUUUUGUUGUGAUUUUAUUUAUGCACAUAUCUAGCACUAUCUAGCACUAAAAAGCCAUCUUUGUCUGUUAUAUAGUAACUUACAUCCUGGGGAACUAUACUUCAAACAAGAAAAGAUGCGAGGAUGGUCUGGUGUACAGCAGCAAGACAUAAGCAACUUUGAAAGGAUUAGAACAGUAGGAAAAGGUCAAAUCACUUGUUACGAUGCAAACUUUUCCUAAGACAAAUGCAAGUGAAUUUCACAUCCACAAUACCAAAAUUUUGAAGAGUAUUCAAGGACUUUAGACAGGUUCCAACAGUUUUCAAGCAUGUUCAUUUUGCUCCAAUUGUUACCUUUGCUUUAAUAUUUUAGUUUAUGUCAUUUGUUGAAGAAUUUAUGUCAUUUGUUGAAGAUUUUAUUAAAGUAGUGGACAUUUUGUUGAGGCUUUGAAAUGUUUUGAGUUGGAAGGUGUAACAUAUACCUUUGUUUGAAAUUUUUAGGAGCAUAUGGUGCAGCUGUGCUUUAUAGAAAAAAGGAUGAUGACUCACUUGUCAUCCUGAAGGAAAUAUCUCUGCAUGAUUUAACAGCAACUGAGAGGCAGAUGGCUAUGAAUGAGGUUUGUCUCCAUCUACAGCUUUUGUGCUUACUAUUUUAAGCCCACUUUGCUUGAUUAAAAUGAACGUUUUACUGCUUGAGGUGCUAAGAUCAUUCUUAUUAUGUUCAUUAUAUGUAGCUUUGUGACACAGAACCAUUACAAUCUGGGUGUUAGUUUAACAAUAGUGUGCUAGCAUCUUUCUGAGAAAUUAUUUUAAAAAACACAGUGACUGCAAAAUGUUAGAACUGCUGGUAAAUAUGUCAAGGGAACAAAAUUGGAAUUGAGCCAUAAGAGCUGCACUUGGUGAUCAUAAAAAAGAAUUGUACAUUCUUACCCUUUUAUCUCCCAGAUCGAAUUUGUAAUUCUCCUUACUGUCAAUCAUACAAUUUUUAUAAUGUUAGUUCAGAGAAUUUAGUAUUGGAUCAAGUAAUUAUUCCCAAACUGAUAUUUUUCUUUAUUCUCGUCACUUAAAUAUCUGGUUGAUAUUGUAGUGAUAUUGUAUGGAAAAAUUCUGUCUUGGUCACUCAUGGAAGUUAAAGGGUUAACUUUACUGGUACAGAUAUUGAAUUAUUUUCAUUAUCUUUGCUUACUAGAAAUAAAAUGCACAGAUAAGUUAAGUGCCUUGAGAAUGUUUACUUGCUUUUAGCAUAUUAUUGUCAUAAUUUCACUAGUUAUUACUAAAUAUUUUUACAUUUUCACAGGCCAAAGUGUUGUCCAAGCUUAGUUUGCAUCCUAACAUCAUCAGCUACUAUGACAGUUUUGAAGUGGAUGGCACACUCAUGAUUGAAAUGGAGUAUGCUGAUGGAGGGUGAGUUCUGCAGCAUCCACACAGUUCUUAAUCACAUGGCUUUUAUUUAAUAUAUUUUGUACAUUUAAGCAGCAUACAGCAUACAACACACAGCUUUUAUUUAAUAUAUUUUGCAUACAAUUUUAAUGCAUACCUCCCAAAAUCUCCCCUAAUAAUUAGAGACUUAUAUGGUUGGUUAUAAGUUAUUAACCUUUUAUAGUAUGAAUAGUAGGAGAAGGGAGAAGAGUAAUUGCUUCUCCUCGUGGAUGGAUGUCAGUCUAUUGCAGGUUGCUUGUAAUCUUUCUUCUCUCCCCCCCCCCAGUGUCACACUGGAGAGUGCAGGAGAGCUACUUGGCCCAGGAUUGGAAGCUGAACCUUCCUGGCUGCACUUCAGUGCGCUGUACAUAUGACCACCAUACCACCCAAUCAUUAUUAUUGAAUGAUUUAUUGGCAGCUUCUUCUUCUUUGAAUUUUCUUCUUAUACUCUGGCCUCUGUAAUUUUCCUUGUAGGACCCUGGCUCAGUACUUGUCAAGACUGGAAAAAGAUUUGGAAGAAAGAGAGAUCCUAUUGAUUUUUCAACAGAUGCUGUCUGCUUUGAAGUAUAUUCAUGUCAACAACAUCCUUCACAGGUACAAGUCUGAUACAAUUUUGAAUACAUGUAUUAUUCCUAUGCACUUGUUGUAUGCCUGUCAGCUUUUUUUAUGAGCAUGUAAUUAGUGAGGGAGAUCAUACAUUAUAGAUGAAAUUUCAAAAUUAGUUGUAAAAUUAGCACUCUUGUAUCAGUAGCAGCUUUUUAUUUUAGUAAUGUCAUCCUUUUGGAGGCCUGUUGGAGGCCGGAAAUUGUUGGGAGGUUGGCAGAAUUGUGUUUUUAGAUGAAAAAAAAAUUGUUGACAGAAACAAGUUUAGGUCUUUCUUGAAUCUGGAUGAUUCCUGAAUUUGUUUUCCCAAGUCCACUUUUGUAAUUAAAAAGCAGGCAAGUUAGUAAAGUUCCAACAAGGAUUGUCUCAUCAUCUGAUGGCUGUGUACUUUUGGUCCUUACAUACAGGGAUCUAAAGACAGCCAACAUAUUCCUUACCAAGGAAGGUGUGGUCAAACUGGGUGACUUUGGUAUCAGUAAACAACUGGAGGGCUCUAAGGCAAACACAGUGCUGGGAACACCUUAUUAUAUUUCACCAGAAAUGGUAUGCUCAUCUGAUCAUGACUGUUUGAAUGCUGGAAAGAGCUAGCCUCUCAAUAAGAGAGCUAGCUAGCCUAGCUAGCUAGACAGAGCUAGCCUCUCAAUAAGUUGAGACUCCCCCCCGCCCCCACACAUCCUUCAGCAUACUAAAUGAAUGACAUGCAUUUCAAAUGGCUUUUUGCAGUGUGAAGGUAAAGAAUACAAUCACAAGAGUGACAUUUGGGCCCUGGGCUGUAUUCUUUAUGAAAUGGCCAGUAGACAAAAAACAUUUGAAGGUUCCAACCUUCCAGCAUUGGUCAAUAAAAUCAUGAAGGUAAGAUACACAAUUAUACAAACGAGAGCCUCUCGCUCAAUACACUGUUACUAUCUUUUCAUCACAAACACAAUUGUCAAUCUUGUUUAUGUUUCCUCCUCUCAGCUUUUUGUGAAGUGAUUCAUGUGCUUGGACAUUGAUUCAUUUUAUGCUAACAAAGUGGGAAAAUGUUACUUUUCUGUCUAAAAAGAAUCAAUCUUUGUCUUCAUUAACCUUUGAAUUAAACUAGGAAGGGUGUGGGUUUGGUUCUUUGGCUAGUGUGAGCCUAUCUUUAGAACUUUUGUGGUAGUAAUAACAAAUCCUCUUCCUGGCCUUUGUUACUGUCAUCAAUUGAAAUUCUUUUCUCAUGAAUCAACUUUUAAUCUUGAAAAUAAACCGGUGAUAGGAGAACUAUGCCAAGUUGAAACAUUAUUUGCGAAAGUCAAUCCAUAUUUUGUGGUUUAUGUUAUGUCUUAGGGUCAGUUUGCUCCAAUAAGAGGGAAUUACAGUCCAGAGUUUAGAGCUAUGGUGAGCAUUUGACAGUAAUUUGUGCAUUUUUGAUGUUUUGCCCAUUUUUACUUAAUAUUUAUUUUCCUUCUUUUUCAUUAUUUUGCUGGAUUGCUAAAGGUUGCCAUUAUUUGAAUUCUACUCACUUCAGGUGGGAGACAUCCUUCAAAAAGAUCCAGACACAAGACCAGAUGUGGAAGUGUUAUUGCACGAGCGACUUCCUCCGGUACUUUUAGAGUGAAUGUCAGCACUCCUAUUUUAUCUGAUUCUGAAAUAUUUAUAAUAUCAUGAUCACUUGCAAAAUAUUUUUUUGGCAAUGUGCCAGUUUUUUGAUAAACAUGGCUAUCCUGUUUCUGUCGUCCAAGCGGGCCACCACUGUGCCCAACAAAUUGAUUGAUGGUCAGUACUACAAACAGCUGAGAAGGAAAACACUGACUGCAUUCCAUUCACUCUUACAUUUCACCCUCACAACCACGUGGUUAAAUCUCUCAUUCUUAAAAACUUUAAAUUACUCCAAAAUGAUUCAGUACUGGUACUAUCUGUUCGCAACCCCCACUGAUUUCAUUCAAAUGUGACAAAAACUUAGGCAACUUUUUGGUAAGAAGUAUAUUUCAAACCAAUGACCAAUCUGGAACAUUCAAAUGCGCUUGCUCACAAUGCAAAACUUGUCCUUUCAUUCAUAACAUAGAGAAAAUGAUGGGACCCAAGAGAUCCAUUAUGAUCACUGGUCACUUAACGCGUACCUCCGCCAAUGUCAUUUACUGCAUAACUUACACUUAUUGCAAGAAGUUAUACAUUGGCAAAACAGGAAGACGACUAGGUGACCGAUUCCUUAUAUCUGGGCAGUUUGGAAAGCUGCAAAACACUAGAACAAAAAUUUAUCUUCCAAAUUGGCGUUUGUAAUCCCCACGGUAUCAAUGAGUGCUUUCCAUUCAACUAAUUUAUUCUUGUUUUCUCGUCACCAUACUACCACCAAUAGUGUGUCUCCACUUUCUGCAUAUAAACCCACAAACAACCCACAAUUCCUCCAAUCGCUCGGACGCAGUGCUAAUGCCUGAAACAUCAGCUUUCUUAUACUCUUAAUGGUGGCCAAUUUAAGUUUUCAGCUCAGUUGUUAACACUAAAUUACCUGCUAUACUCUCCCACUGAUGCAGUGCCACAGUUUCUUUAGAAACUUACCCCCUUUAUUUUUUUGAUGUUUGGUUUUGAAUUUGACAAGGGCUGUUGUCUCUGAUUCACUGAAGCACGGAAUGCAAUUAACAUUUGCAAACUGAAUUAUUUUCUAAGUUUAAGUUUUUUGCCCAAACUUCUUUGUAUAUUCUUAAAACUUCUGAAACAUUGUGUUUAAUGAUGCACAAUUGGCUGCAUAAUAAAGCACUUUAUGUAGCCUCACUUUUUAAAUACUGACUUGUUCACUACAGUUUAAAAUUAUCUGAUUUUUAGCUUAUGAAAAGGUUUGAAGACACUAGUGAGGAUGAGCUGGGAAGCUCCAUUGAUCAAAGCCGUAAAGUAAAAAGAAGGUAAAUUUUCCUCUGGUUCUUCCUUAUCAGUGUGUAUGUGGGGUAUCUGAGAAAAGGGAAUUCCUUGGCUGCCUUGCCAAAUUCUCUGGCCUCAUUUUGAUGGUGUAAGUUACAGUCCUUUUUUUGUCUUCAGAAGUCAGGAGAUUGUUCUCCAGUAACUUUACGGUAUUCUCCAGUUGGCACAUUUCUUGACAAGAACCUUGCCCAAUGUCAGUUUUCAGUCUUAACUCAGCUGCAUCACAGUUCAAGCUGUUUGAAAAGUUUGACCAAAUUUUAAAAAUUUUACCAUUUUCAGUUCAUGCUAAUCUCCUCUACAUCAAAUCAUUGUCACUUGUGUCCAGUCUGGUCUUUCCUCACAAUCCUUGUGUGGCCUAGCAAGAUUUUAAUGUAGUGGUUUUCCUCUAUUUGUAAGUGAUUGCUAAAAAAAAUUAUAUCAAAGCCUUUUCAUUGGAAAACUAUGAAUUUGUAGCCAGAGAUAAGUGGAUUUUCCUAUAACAUGAGGAAGUGUUAAUCCAUGUCAUCUCUUUUAUCUAUUCUUCGCAAUCAUUCAUUACUCUGUAUCAUAUCACCUCAAGUAUAUCACCACUUACCUUCUAAUUUAUUGCAAUAUAAUUAAUUAUUUCAGAACCCUUCUGUAUUACCUGGACUUGUUAUAUACCAACAUGUGUCCAAUUGAAAUUCCUGCCAAGGGGCAACUGAGAGAGGUGACAACUUUAUUUCAUAAAUUUUGAAAAUACUGGUAUAAGUUAUGUUCAUCUGAUUACUUUCUUCGUCAUUUUUGAAAUAGAGUGUGUGUUUCCCUUCUCAUGUAAGAAGUUAAAGUUAGGAAGUUUUGCUUUAAGGCUGGUCAAGUCAUCACAUCACGUGUACGUUAGUUUGUUAUUACUUAAAAAACAAAAACAAAAAAUAUUUUAUUGUACUCUUCUUUUCAUAUUUUUUUUUAAACAAUUUUUGGAUCAAUAUCGGUAUCUGGGUAACUGCCCACUUACCCCUCCCCUGUCAGGGGAGGGGUAAGUGGGCAGUUGCCCAGAUACUGAUAUUGAUCCCAAUUUUUUUCCUGGCCUGUGGGUGGCCAAUGUUAUUCUAGGCAGGCCAGUCUAUUAAAAAUUAAUUACAAAGCAAUAUGGUACAACAAAAGAAUAGAGAAGAAAUGGGAAAUAGUUUAUUAAAUGAAAAAAAAAGGAGGAAAGAAUAUGUAGAUACUUACCCUUCCUGCCAGUUUCACAGCUUUUAAGACCAGUACCUGGGUUCCUGGGUCUUUCCAAGGAGAGAAUUUUGAAAUCUGUUAUUAAUCAAACAUUACAAAUAACUUACUUCUAGAUGGAGUCUUCUUAUCCUUCUUACAUGUAUCACAAUUGUUUGAAGGUUUCUGUUGGCAGUUCUCAUAUUGCUAUGGUAACAAUGGAACAUGCAGUAUACACAUGGGGCAGUAACUGCUGUGGACAGCUUGGUCAUGGAGAUACUUGCAGUCAAGACAAACCCACACAAGUAGAAGCACUCAAAGCUAAAACUAUUUGGAGGUAGGGCCUGGGUUAAUAAAAAGCUUUGUGAUGGUACGAUUUGUUGAUCAGCGUAAUCAUUUGAUUGUGGCAAGUCUCAGUAUCACUGUCAUCGUUCUUUCGUCUCUUUGUGGAAAAUAGUGCCAAGAAGAUCAUUUACCUUUUACUUAGAGUACGUUUUUAAAACCGAAAACUCAAACCGAACUUAUCACUACGGCAAACCAGAACAUUGCUCAUCCUAGCAGUAUGCAGGAAGCAUGUCUCAUGUGAACUUAGUAAUGGACUAGCCCGUAAUUGAGUUCUCUGUGGCUCAGUGACGGGGCGUUGGAGCGUGGAAUCCUAAGGCCUGAGUUUUGAUUCCUCACUAGGAUUUUCUUUGCCGUACGCUCGUGACAAGACGGAAAGAACAUCUUUCUUUUGAGAAAGCAAUCUUAAAAACACCUUAGAAAUCAAAGUAAUCGCAAAAUUUAAGCGUAAAAAUAUGUUGAAUGAUAUAAAUCUCAACUAGGGAAAAAUGUUUCCUUGUCACGUAUGAUCACUAUGUUUUCCUUUCAUUUUUGUCCCCAGAGUUAGCUGUGGAGAUAAAUUCACGGUGUUUGUAACAGACAAUGGUAUUGUGAUGACGUGUGGGCAGGGUGAACUUGGCUGUUUGGGGCAUGGAGACUGGUCCAGUUCAUCCAAACCAAAGUUAAUUGAAGCGUUGUUGAGUUUUGAUGUGACAUCUGUCAGCUGCGGCAAUGCUCAUGUUGCCGUGGUAACCAGUGAUGGUGUGGUGUUCUCAUGGGGUUGUGGAGAAGAUGGGAGACUGGGUCUGGGAGACGAAGAUAAUCGGUAAGUGAUUCAUAUAUCAGUAUCUGGGCAACUGCCCACCUACCCCUCCUCUAACCCAACAUUAACCCUAACUUGUUAUCAAUAGACUGUUGUUGAGUUAGGGGAGCGGUAGGUGGGCAGUUGCCAAGAUACUGAUAUUGAUCCACAAAGCCAAUGUCAAAUGCAAUGUUUCAAGAGACGUCCGCAUACUUUGAGGCUUGUCACGUAUAACAACACUAUUUGCUAUUUUAACACAAAUUUGUCUGAUUGAAAAGCGUAGAAGCGAGUGUAGUUAAACCCAAUCAGCGUGACUAGCUGUGUCACGAAAUCUAUCAGCUCGUGGAUAGCGACGAGGCGAAGCGGCUUUUUCCAUUGGGAGAACGAUUACAUUUCCAAUAAAAUACUUGUAAAUGAUCUUUAAAUAUGCUAGAAUAUAUACUUUCGAUCUCCAUUGGCUUUCUUAGAAAGUCUCCUUGUUGUCCCAGUCGCGGUUUUUAAAAAAGCUAGAAUUGUACUCUUGGUAACUCAUCAAGCAGUAGUUUGGGCUUCUUGUGCAGAAUAUGAUGUUUUUUUUUAAUUCCCAACAGCUGCAUUCCCACAGAGGUGACAGCGAUAGAUGACACUGUGUCUAUAAAACAGGUCAGGUGCGGUUAUGAUGGAACAAUGUUUCUCACUGAUACAGGGGCCCUUCUCGCUUGUGGCAGGUUUGUACAAAGUAGUUUUGCCUUCUCUGUUCAAACAGGUUUUGAAAACUACAGAUAUGAAAGUGAUAAUAGAGGGAAACUCAGAAGCUUUCGAAUAUUAAAAAAAUUGUCCAAUACAUUUUAAAAAAUACUUUGUGGCUGGUAUAACAUGGCUUUUCGUCUCGGCCAAAAGACUCAUCAGAUACUUUUCGGAAAUUUCAAGCAAACUCGUUGAACAUUACGCUUAUAGUAUAGUUCUGUUCGCGAAUUUAAGAUGUUAGCUGUCAAGCCCUCUAUCGCAGAAGGAUUUUCAACCGCACGCUCACGAGUCACAAUUAUAGUAUUAUCGAAUGUGGCGUGGCAAUUGUUUGACACACCAACAUUUAGCAUGGAAACAUGAACCCUAGUGGGAAAAUGAGGCGAAUGAAUGAAGAACAGAACCUAAAGGAAAACUGGGAGAAAGGAGUCACAUUACUCAGUCUUAGAAUAAUACUCAUUUUCCGCGGCGGUGGAGAAGAAUUGCUGGUGCCGUUUGUUUUAUGUUGUCGUAGUUUUUGGUUCUGCAAUAUUGACUUCAUAUCUUACAUUAACCCCAACCAGAUGCAUUUAACCCAAAGUAGGUUACAUGCCUUUGCCAUUAAUUACUGGCUUUUAUUUGUUGACUCCCUCUGUAACAGCAAUGCAAACAACAAGCUUGGACUUAACAACCGCCAGGGAUUCCUUAUGCAGAUGAAGAACCUCCUAAAUAAGGUACAACUAAGGCAUGUGGUGUCAUCGGUGUUGUAAGUUUGUCGCAGCACGUAUCGUGCAAAGCUGGACUUCAGUCAUUGUAUGUGUACUUUUUUCCUUUUUAACCUGGCAGCAAGCUCGUUAUUGCGAACUUUAGCAGGAGUCCAUUAACUGACUCCUGGGCUCCUGACUUUAGUGAAAGCUGGUAUAGAUGGAAACAAUCCUACACAAAAGAUGAAUCUAUCUCGCUUUUGUUACUUGCGUUUUCCUAAUUGUCCAUUUUACAGUAGCGUGCUUGGUUGCCAAGCCUUUGAACACGAGUGAGGCUGAGGGUGACCAUGUUAUGAUACAAACAUUGCUGCUUUUCAAAUGUAAAUUACUUGGCUAUUAUGCGAACUAGAUACUGGUCCCUAUCAUAACAAAGUCACCCUCAGCCUCACUCCAAAUCAAAGCCUAGGCGACUAAGUACACGAUUGUAAAAUGGCUCAUUCUAUUUUUGGUAUUUAUUCUGAGUUCCGAUCGGCUCCCUCCGACGCUCACCUAAGUUCUGAUUCAACACAUUUACUUUGGUUGUCGGUUCACGACACUCAAUCAAAUCAAAACUAUCGUUAACGUUAUGUUGUUUUCCAAACUGAACAGGUUCAGGUUGAUGGCAAGAAUGUUCCUACAGCUGUCAAAGUGUUAUCCAAGCACCGUGUGCUUGAUGUAUCUUUGGGUCCCACCCACAGUGCAGCGCUUGUAGAGCCUGGUUUGGUUUACACGUUUGGCGACAAUCAGUAUGGGCAGCUUGCCUGCAACAACUGUAAACCUCGAGAGGUACCAGCCAUUGUUAAGGCUUUAGAGGAAAAGACGACCACGGUGAGAUGGUUUAAUUUUAGAUACACAUUGUGUAAUGAGGAGUGAAUUACGUACUUGAUUCAAUUGUCUUCGUCGGCUCCUUUGUAUUUAUUUUCGUUUGUGUGUCUGUUCCAUCCUUCGUUCAUCGGUUUAGUUCGCAUUUAAGAAAUGAGUGUGAUAUUUGCUUGCAAGUUGGGAGAAAUUUCUAAUACUAAUACUAAUAUUGUAUGUCUGCGUCACACGUUAUUGGAGAAGGUAUAUAUGUAAGCCCCAUUCUAUCCUGACGCACAUAUUUAUCUGAUUUGUUAUCCCCUUCAUUUAUGCCAUUCGGGUUGAAAAACGCUGUAGAUUGACGGGAAAUGUCGGGUCAUCUCUGCUAAUCACUAACCUUUCCUGUUCCCUCCCGCUGGUAGUUUUAGCUGAUCGAUCUGGAGCCUUAACCCUUUACUUCGAAGAUCUAUUUAAUCAUUCUUUCCUCCUUGAAAUAAGUUAAGAGAAUUUGGUGUGAUAUCAGCGCAACAGUCUCUCGCAAGAUUGAUUAAUUUUGUAUCAUUUCCAGUAUUUUUUUGUUCCGGCCUCUUAAUUUUUACUUGGUUAUUCUUUCAGAUGAUUUUUUGCGGCAAAGGCUUCACGGUGGCCGGAACGAAUGAUAACGACUUGUAUUUCUGGGGAACGAGACCCGCUGAUUACAGACGCGGUCAGAGUGAGAGUGGAGAGAAGACGGAUACUGAAGGAAGCUGCAAGAGACAUAUGCGAAAUCCCAGCGGAAGCUUGAGUAUCGGUAGCGCUGACAGCUUGGAAAUUUCUCCUGGGUAAGCCGAAUGUUAAACAAAUAACGUUUCUCGGGAGAAAAGGUGGUCUGGGUUGGACCCUGACACGAAUCAUCGCGGAUUUAUUUAUUUAUACAUUUAUAUUCAGGAAUAAGAGCGAUCAUAACAGCGGAAACCAAUCAUCUCUAUCAAAAGAUACAAAGAAAAGAAGAGAAGGCGUGCUUGAAAAUUCAAGCUCGUCAAGAGUCGAACGGGGCAGAAAAGAGGGCAUGCAGGAAGGAUUCUCGAUGCCACAGUCUUACAAGAAAAGGAAGGACGGAGUUCAAGAAGACCUUAAUGGCAGCAGUGCUAGUCUGAUGCAGAAAUCAGUUGACGGGUGAGUGGACAGUGUGACAUUCUUUUGGGUUCUUUGCUGUUUACAUCGGAGUCUAAAUGGAUUUAAGAGUAAGUUUGUUUACUUGGGGGCCCAGUCUUCAAAAACAAGGUACAGCUCCGCGCUCGGGAAUGUAACCCAAGCUCGAGAGUAGCACAAAUAUCCAUAUGUUUGGGUUUCAGUGAUGAUAAAAAAUGUCAAAAAAAGACUACUAAAGUUUUAAUUUGACGACCUUUUUAGUAUUCUACCACAUUUCUCUCUCUUUUGAUAAUCUUGAGGGUAUGUCGAACACGUUUUACAGCCUCAAAGAACUUUUUCUUCGCCCCACGUACGCGACAACGGAUCUCUCUUUGUCAUUUUUUGUGUGUUGUAUGGACUGUCGAUGAUAUUUUUGGUGGUUUUUUUUUCUCUGAAGAGUAUUUUCUGAUGGUGACUGUGGAUCAAAGGAAGACCCGUGUAUAAACUACAUAAGGAACGCCUCUCGAAGAGGACAGCUGAGCGACCAAACUUUUGCCGCGGGUUUUUUGCGAAUCAGCGACAAUGAUACAAUGCCUUCGCCUGUGCGAUUGUUUCACUGGGACACCUACAGCAUGUACGGAGCGGGGCAAGAGCACGAAUUUCCUGUCGACUUGUUGGACGUUAAUGGUUUUUCCGUCAACGUUUUCGUACAGAUAGAAACAACAGCACCAUUUCCUUCCAAGCGGAGAUCAAAGAAGAGAUCAUCGAAGAAAGCCAGUGAAAGACGCCUCUCUAAACAAGCUUCAGUCUCUGAUAGGUAGGUAUCGCCUGUCACGUGAUCAGCACGUGAUUCAGUCAGCAAGAAAGUACGUUAAGUUGCAAUUGCGGCGAUUACUUACAGCUUUUGUCUUGACGUCGACGUAAUUCUAAGGUAGAGUUGCGUACAAUAUGGAAGGAUAGGACAUGAACGCCAUCUUCUUAUCAAAAUAUCAACAGCUCAUAAAGUAUCUGUAUUUAAAAAUCCAGAUUUUACAGAAGGGUGGGAAAAGGAAAGUAAAAUGCUUCAUUCUUUAAAUUCGCUCCCAAAUUUAAGUUUUCGUUUUUUGCCUCCCAAUUGCAAAAUAUUUUCAUACAAGCUGUCGCCAUCAGGCUUAAUCCAUUAAUAAGCGCUGAAUAUUGUUUUCCAGUAUUUCUGGUAACACCCGUGGACCUGCUGGUCUGGACUCCUCAAUGGGAUCAAGCUCAUCGGAACUGGACACCACGUUGGGAGAGGUAAGAAUGGCUGGUAUGGUUCGAAAGAAUAAAAAUUGUGUUGAUGAAAAGUUCCAGAAGUAUAUGGUUCAUCUGCAUUCACAGGAAGCAGUAAAAGGUAAAAACAUCUCACCAGGUGGAGGAAAAAAUCUUCGACCCUUUGACCCUUAAGGAUGACUACUGUCUAAUUUCUCCUUACAAUUUUAUCCUUGAAUCAAUUACUAAGGUCAUGUGAAUAAAGGAAAUGAUCACCGACUAAAGAAGCUCUUGAUUGUUGAACAAAUUUUCCUUGUCAGGACCUAAGUAAAUAUAUAGAAAACAGUAUGGGUAAUAUACAUUCUAAUGUGAGGAUGUAAAGGGUCAUGAGUGUGUUUGGAGCGAGUAACAGCUCGAACACACAUAUUCACCUGAGUGCGAAAAAAAGCAAGCUUACCAGGUUGUGAUUGUUUUAGUUUUUGAGAAGAUAGUGCGAGAUUUGUACACCAAUCACGAAGUAUACAAAAAAAAAAAACAAAAAAAAAAUCGCAAUCCCUCAUUGCUCUCGUCACUUUCAGUUAAGAAUAAGAAGCUGUUAUUAAUUAUCAUAUGAAGUCAUCAACGUUGUGAGUAAGAGAGGUUUUUGUGCAUUUUGAAGAGAGAGACACUACGUGAAUAGCGUUGUUUUAUUGACUUUGAUUUAGGCCCCCACGUGGCUGAAAAAUGAACUCAAAGAAGGAAUCAUACGCGUCGGUGAAGAUCGUGAUGACUCAGAGGAUGAGGAAGGUGACAGCGAAGAAGCAGAUAGUGAAACAGAAGAAACUGACAAUGGUGAAGUGAAAAAUUUUGUAUUGGCGACAUUCACGACUAAAAUUCCGCAUCUGCAUACCAUGAACGUAGAGUUAAGAACGUAAUUGUGACCAAUUGUGGGCUUGUAGACAUAUCUAGAACAGACACCUCUUUUGUAUAAUGUUACUUUUCUUUCUCAAUCGAGGGUAAAACAAGUAUGCGUGUUUAUCUUAAAUAUAAAGGUUAGGCGCUUACAGAUGUAGAAAAUGAAAAGGCCUCGGUUAAACCCAUUUACUGAAACCGCUACAUCGAUGAACAUAAAAGACAUAUGCAGAUGAACUUUACACGAUUGAUAGAUGCGCACAACGGGUCACAUGAGGUAUUUAAUUAGAGCAGAGGAGAUACAUAAUCAACUUCCUUUUAAAGUAAUGGAUUCCCAACACAAGGUCGUAGUUAAGCAACUUCUUUGUAACUCAUUUUUUAUUUUUUUUUUUGUUUUUCUAUCCCAAGCAGGUUUGGACAGAGAGAAAUCAAAACUGACGGUAGCAUCAGCGGUGGAAAAUGCAUCAGACAGUGAGAAGAAUUCCAAGAGCGCCACAAAAAAGUUGGCAGAAAAGGUGGAACGAUUUAAGCAGAGUCGAAAGUCUCACUCGGAGACAAGGAUUGUUGGUGGUGUUGCUAUAAACACUGUGGGUAACAACACUCCUUUGAGUGUACAGUCGAGUGCUGUGUCGGUGAAAUCUGAAUCAGAACUGGACAAUAUACAAAACAAGGUACUUCAUUUAUUUUUCUAUCAUUUUCUUCCAUUCUGACUGUCGUAUUCAACCUUUUUAGUACUCUCUUCCUUCAUUAUGUCGGACUGUACCAUUCCUUUGUUCCUUCCUCCCAUACUCGUUCCCAAUCCUCUCUCUCUCUCCCACAAAACCGUCUUUCUUCUUUCUUCCCACCCUUUCUCCCCAACGAAUAUUACUAACGUGAUCAAUAUUGGAGAUUCUUCUUUUAUGAAGAUAAGCACUCCUUAGAUCCUCAUACAACCUCAGUGAUGGUAGACACAGAUGAAUUGCAAGGCUUGACGACCAAUUUAAGGAGACAAUUUCUAAUGCUCUCCUGCAGUUUAAAAUAAUUCUAGGCGGCCUAAAAUAUCCUAGCUCAGAGAGGCCGGGUUAAGUCGAAUAUGUUAAUUACUCCAUAUUAUUUUCUUACCGCGAAAUCUGAACAUUUCUAACGCGUGGUCUUUGUUCCUGAUGCUGAUUAAAUGAACGGUAGCUUCGUUUUCUCGAUUAGCUCACUAGCUUCCAUAAUCGUCAAUGUUUUGCGUUUGUGUCAAAGUUAAUUGAUAGCUGCCUAUUGUACAAUAAACGUUGGUAGUUAAUUUGAGCUAGGAAAGUUUGCGUCGAGAAAUGUUGUGGAUGGUCACUCUCAAGAAUGUUAGCUCGUUUAGGGGAAUGAAAAUAAUUAAUCUGACCUUCAAUUGUCUUCUAGGAAACUGGCUCCGAAUCUACCAAGCGGACUAAACCCACCUCUAAAGAGUCAUUAAACUUGUCCAAAGUGUUUCCUCGGCCCGCUAGUAGUCCAGUGACCUCAAAACACAAGCGUUCCUCAUCGGAUGGAAUGAUCAUUGAUGAAAAAACGAGGACAACCUCUGACUCUGGAGUAGAGUUAACACCUGUUGAAAAGUUUAACAGCUCAAGUGAAGGGUCAGGCAGCACGGCAAGUGGCUCCCGAAAAACUUCGUUAGAGUAAGUUAUGGGCGCCGUUUCCUUGAAUAAGGUUUUCCGUUAUCCGGCGUAGCAGUCUUUUUUGUUUCGUUUUAGGCAAGGGGGAGAAGCUUGAGCUAAGUAGUUUGCGUAAAAAGAAACGAAAAAGACUUUGCGCAGGCUGACAUAUUAGUUUUUUAAAGUUCCAGCCACGGGCAUGUAACUUGUCACAAGCUGGUACUAUAGAAGAAGAUGCUCAAUAGUUGACAUAUGCCUCAGAAGACUUUCGAGUCCUUUCGAAGCCAAAAAACUUCCGAUGUCCCAUACAAAUGGUUUUCCACCUGGGCUACAGGGAGUAAGGUGGUGAUCCAGGCCUCAUACUAGGUUCAUGCGGUCUCACGAGUGACAAGCGUCCUGCAAACUGCCAGGGUCAUCAAUGUUGAGAGCGUUCUGUAUGCAAGAAAGAAGAAGAGAGAUGGUACAUUCUGCUCUUGGUCAUUGAUCUUGCAUCUAGAUUACUACCACACUCUGCCCAUUCCCGCCUGUUCUUCCGUCUUCUGAGCAUGGACAGAUAGAAUUACCUUGGUUUUCCGUUAUGAAUUUUCUGAACAUUUUAAGCCGAGGAUGCCUGUUUCCUGGUACUAGCUCCUUUCUUCUUUAACAAGAGAGUAACGAAAUGCUUGAAACAAGGCAUCGAAUGGAAUGUCAAAGAAGGACGUUAACGUGAGCUCUUCAGUCUUGUUUACUCAUUUGUUUCUUUGUGUUUUAGCGUACGAACUCCGAAGAAGAGCACUGGGUAAGAUACUUUAGCUGAUGAAUAUCAACAUCUGUAUGAAAGGAAUAUAAAACUUUUAAUACAUUCAUCUCAUUGUUUUACAAGGAUAAAUCGUACGUAUUUUUUGAGACGCUUCUUUCUGGUUUUGGGACCAAAAUUUGGUGGUUUUAGUUUUUUUAGCAACUUUUUCGGGUUUAUAACAUGGUACUAACUACAAAAACACAUCACAUAGAGACAAAAAUAAAUAAAGAUAGGAACAAAAGUAAUUCUAACCCAAAAGGGCAGGUGCGAACGGGACUAGCGUCCCAUGCGAGGCACCGCCCGUUUUUGGUUGCAUCAAUAAAUAAGCAGGAAAUAUAGAUAGGAAGGAAGGCAUCUUUGUUCUAUUACAACGCACCUUGCUGGUUUAUUCUCUCGACAACAGCGGAAAACGUACUGGAAACAAAAGGCAUGUUAGAUUUAGACUUAUCGAUAGAUUUACUUACUUUGACUUCAUUCUCUAGUUUAUCAUAUCCUUUUAACAGAAUACGGUCGAUUGAUAUGUAUCAGUGGGUAAUUAUGUACACUUUUUGAGACUUUACGACCAAUUAUCCCAAUUGCAGUGGACUAUACUAUUUUAGUUUUUGUGUCAACAACUUUAUUGUUUUUACUUGUUUUAGGAGCAUGUCGCCCCAGGCUCCUCGCUCUCCAAGAGUCAGCGACAGGCAAACAAGCAUGAAUAAAUCCGUAGAUCGACAUCUGGAGCACAGGUGAGUUGAAUAUGAGCCAAUCAGUGAAAUACAUUUUGGUCACUCCUGUGUUUACAAGCAAAGAAAUGAUCCUCGCAUAUCAGCUUCAAUUCGAGAAAUUGCAGAAAAGUAGUCUGAAAAAGUUCAGGGUUUGACUAAAUAUUAUUGACCUUGCCUCCCAGACACUAGGUGGGCGCCUCUACCAGUUGAGCUACGAAGCCACAUGUCGAGAGCCAGACGAUUUAAAUGGGUUAUUCGUUUCCGUUAAUGAAUCUAGUCAAAGUGAAAUAUCAAUCUUGAUGGGGCGGCUUAUUCGGUCGCUUGACAUGUUGUACGAAUUUCGCGUAAGCGAAAAGAUUUGAUACAUUACCAAGCCCAGUGUUAAGUUCACCCAUGACUACCAUGUCAUGUUAUAAUUACUUAUUUUAAAUAUCAUUUUCCAGGAGACCCGCCGGUAGGGCGCGUUAUGGUCAGGGUCCAUUCAGGAAAGGAGGGUAAGUCAGGAGUAACAGUUACCAUGUCACUUUUUUUAUCUAUUUUCCGUCGGAUUUCCCGUGGUUAAUUUUUCCGACAUUUUUUAGGGGUUAAUCAGGGUUUUUACUCCAGUUACUUAAAUUACUCAAGAAUAUCCAGAGAGAAAUUGUUUCGCUUUGCUCCAUUUUUCACCUUUUAUCUCAAUAGUUUGCCUGGUCUGGAUAACAUGGUGUAUCAGCCCAACAAAUAAUAUUUUUUUGUUAAUUUGGGGUGAAGUAUCUUGGGGUAUUUCUUGUAUCAUUUAGCGCCUAGUGAUUCGGAUAUUUGUCCUCACUUUUCCUCAUCCCUUUCCGAUUGUUUAAAAAAAAAACAUCUGUUGCUUUCACCGUACGUUCUUCAUAAUCUUUAAGGUAAUUGAUAUAUCGUAAAGUCAAUUCCUAUUUUCUGCUUUCGCAGUCGAUCUAUGAUGGUUUUCUGGAUCAAGUCCUCACGUUGUUUCUCAAAAUAGCCGAAAUUUCUCUUCACUAAAAAUUACUUCUGAAAUGUAACUUACUGUCAUUCAAACGUUUCCAUGUAAAAAAAGCAAACAAUUCUGAUGAAAAUUAACAAGCAUUUUUUUCACUGUUGGAGUCAAUAUAUCUUUUAAAUGAAUCCUAUUUCAGCAAUUCUUCUAUUUAGGAGUGUUUUCAUUUUUAAAUGGGUUGAAACAUUGCAUGAACCGCAAAUUAACGUUCUGAGCCAUCAUGUGUUUUUGUGUUCAGCUUUCUGUUUUUACGCGUUUCGAGGCAACGGACAAUUUUAGAACUGCAUUUAGCUUUGCCUGGAAGGGUUUGUGAAUUAAUUACAGCAACCCAACGAAACGUUCGCGUUAUCAAGCAUUGACGGGAAGUUAUUCGUCGAGAAAUAUACCUGAUAAAUAUCCGUAUCAAGUUACUUAUCAACGGAUAAAUGAUUGAAUGUUAAAUCAAAAUGCUACUGUUUUGAAAGACAAUUUGAAUUUAUUCAAAGGAGAAAAGGCAGGCGGUAGCGCGUUUCUCUUUAAUGUUUAGACAUCAAACAGAAUUACCCUUAAUGGCAAGUUGAAGAUUGUUUUGACGUAUGAAUAAUUUUGUGUUUGGGGUGUUCUUUCCUUCUCUGUUCCUUCAGGUUAUUGCUUUGCUAUUUAGAGUUUUUGAUUCUGUUUCGUUUUGCUAAACAGGGCCGGUCGUUCUACCGAUGACAAGAAAAUGGCAACGAGUGAUACUCGAUCGGCUCUCUCUCGGCGGGAACAGGUAUUUUUAUUCUCUCGAUCAAUUACUUCUCGGUUCGUUUCCUUUAAAGCUGUGUUUCUACAAUACGCCGCUCUUUAGCAAAUCACGGAAUUGUCAUUUGAAAGGUGAACAUUGGUAACGUUGCUUUGUUUACUUAGUAAUAGAUACAAAACCGUAAAGAAAGCUCAAUUUGUGUUGAGGUCAAAGUGGUUUGCACAAGGUUUCUUCUCCAUGUCUUUUUGCGGUUUUUCAUAUUUGAAUACCGGUAUUGUGUUAAAUUUUCCUGAUUAAAAAAAACUGGACAGACUAUGUCUAUGUCUUGAAAUUGUAGAUUGGCCAUAAAAUGAAUUUUCAAAUCAUUUUUUAAUCCAACGAGGUUUCCUUAGGAAGGAAAGAAAUCGGUUUCGUUACCGUACUUCUGGCUCGAGUUUAAGUGACGAUGCUCUUCAUUUCGAAAUUGCUGCGGCGCAUUUUCUACCAUUUGUCUUUGUCACAAACGAUACAACACUGAAUUGAAGAAAAGACACACUAAUCGGUCUAACGUCCAACCGCUAGAUCAGACACGAGACCAUAGCAAUUUUUUAAGCAGAGCUUAGGACCGAACAACAAUCACGCCGUUGUUGUCUUUUUGUAAGCGCUAUUUUAAGCAAAAUACUAACGGCGAGACCAAAAUAAAGCUGAUGUUUUCCCAAGGGGGUGCGAAAAUCUUACAAAUAGAGAGUUAGAAUUUUCCAGAGAUAUCAUUUACAUGCCUCAGUUCCUCUCAGGUGUGGGUGAUGGUAUUGUAAAUGACAUCUUAUCUUAUAUUUAAUCCUUCAAAGAAAAAAAUUUGUCAAGACCACAAAGCCGUCAGAUUUUGUCGCUUUUAAAUAUUUUUUGUUUUGAUAUUAAUUUUCUGUGAGAAAUCUGCGAGCGAGAGAUGCAAUGAGUUUUGACACGUGGCCUGAGUCGUAGAUGGAGUGAGCGUGCUACAUCAGGCGAUGUGUAUUUUUAGCGUGUUUGAUGGCAUUUGUUGAACACAACACAAAUCACUUUUAUUUUCUUUUAAACAAAUUUCUUGACAGAAGCCAGUCUUAAUUUGCAGAGCAUACAGCCUUUGGAUAUCUUUACUGCAAAGAUUUGUCUACAAGUCGUGUUUUGACAUCCAAACUGGGCGAAUAAAAUUUACACGAUAAGUGUGCAAACCGAGCGUUCAGAGCGGUUCGAAGUGAAAUGAAGGACUUUUGGAAAGUCUAACUGAUAGCUUUGAUGCGCGCAUUUUAGAAACUUUAAUUCUUCUGGGGGUUAAGUCUGAAGGAGUAAUCUGUGAGGUUUUUUCCCAUCUAAUGUAACAGGGAGCUACAAUCGGCAACAAAGUUAACAGACACAACAUCCGCGUAGCCGCUUGGAAAGAAGUUCCUAGAGAUGUAAUUCGCCACAGAAAUCCGCUCCCCCCAUUCAAUAUGUUACAGUCACAGAAACCAAAGUUCAAACAUUAUUUAAGGCGAAAGGGCUUGAAAUUGUAGAAAAAGAUGAUGGUCAUAUAGAUAAGUGCCUUAAGUUUUCGAAUUUCCUAACGCUGCUUAUGCUUAUUGAUUUCAUUGACUGACCGUCUGACUUAAGGACUGAAUGACUGAGUUGUAGGCUUGCUCACUGUUUGCCAACCUAACCCAUUCAUUGACUCGUUCUGAGUGACAUAUUGACGGACAGAAAGACAAACAGACGAACAGAAUGAAAGACAGACAGGAUAAUCGACUGACUCUGUUUCUUGAAGGGAACUUUCAAAUAACAAUUGUGUUUUUUUUUUUUUCUGUUUGGCCAGGCCGUUUUGGAAGAGUUGCGCCGCGAAUCUGCUGCAAAACACGCUUCCCUCCAAGAAGAAAUCGAUAGACUAAAACUUGAGAAGGAUGAGGUAAAUGACACAACGUAAAAGAAAGAUAACUCCUAAUUUUAAAAUUGGGUUCUAAUCUUCAUAUCUUAUCUGAGCUGAGAGGUUUAAUUUUUUAUCCAGAAUGAAAGACGAUUACAAGAGCUUCACAGGAAAGAAUUAGAAGUGGCGGAGAAAGCCUGGGGCGAGCAAGAGAAAGAGGCAAAGGUGAGUAUUCAAUGUGUUCUCAUAAGAAUAUAUUUGGUUGUAAUUUUCGUUGAGGCCCUUUAUAGUUUUCCAAGCUUUAUUGCACAGUCAACGAAGAAUGACUCGAGCACUCGAGUGUGACGUGAGCCAUUCAAGAUAGCGAGAUACGUCGCCCGACUGACGAAAUUAUCACGUUUUGCAGCGGUUUGCGUCGGAAUCAUUUUGAAACUUUAUUUUAUUUAAAGUUUUACCAAGUAAUUUUAUUUGCUAAAUUUCAGGAAAGAGAGGAGAAGUUGUCUCACGAAGUUCUUAAUCUCAAAAUGGAACUAUCGAAGGUGAGGUCAUGAUUAAAAGAAGUGUGGAGCGCUAAUUUACAUGAAUAUUAAAUGGAAUCAUUUUCCCGCCAUUUAUGAGAAAGGUCUAUUCGUUUAUCUAAGUUUCGGUGAAUUUUCGCGGCCUUCGUUUCGUAAUUGACUUUGGUGGCUGAAUAUAUCAGCGGUUUUAUCACUGAGUGUUCUGGGAGAAGGCAUUGAUGCUCACCUUAUUAAUAAUGUAGUAGAUCAUCGAAAUUUUCUUUAAUCCAUCCGAAAAUUUAUACUUUAAAUCGUGUAGAUUUAUAUGGGAGGCUUUUUUAAGCUUCCUAGCUCUUUGAAGAAAUUUGGAGACGGAUCAGUUAGUUAGCUAACAUAAACCCCAAUCAUACCAAAGCUUUAACACUUUUUAAAGCUGUUUUGUUAAACAUAGAAGCUGCUUAAACCAAUGUUUGUCUCGUUCAAAUUAUGUAGCUUGAAAAGACAAAUUAAUGACUACCUGAUACCUAUGGAAAAUUCAGUUUUUCAGUUCUCUGUUACUAAUUUUCAUUCAAUUAAACCCAGUGUAACUAAACAUGUUUUCUGGUGUAAAUGGGAUAAUAAUGGUAACAGGUGCAAUUACAAAGUUAAAGAGCGCAAAAUCAAAGAAAAUGUGGGAAAAGAAGAAAGGGCAACUUGUGGCACACUGAAGCCAAGCGCAAAAGACAAAGGGAAUGACUGACAUUUUUCUGCCGGUAGUGGAUCGGAAAGGUCUUAAAAUGAAACGACAAAUCAUAGGAGCGAAAACGCAACGUAAACAAACAUUAAUGCAGUAGAAUAAACAAAAUUAAGGGCAGAAGGAAAAAGGUCCCAAAGGCAAAAUGAUGAGAUUGAAAAACUCUAAAAACAAUGUCAUAGCUAAGAGCGGCACUCUAGAAAGAGUGAGAAACUCGUUAAACAAUAUAAAUGCAAAGAGCCCGAACGAUGAGAAUAUAGAACGAAGAAUACAGAUGCGGGAGAGUUUUUUCCUGCGAGUGUAAAGUUCUCUUAUGUAGCGCUUUCUUUUCCCUUUUCCGGCUUUUCCUGUGAAUGACUUAAAACGGUGACAUACGUAAACCAUAGCCAUUUGACGUAUUUGUGUUUACUAUCUUGUAGCAAUUCGAUAAACUUCAAGAUAACUACAACGUGGUGUUGUCGCUACAGGAGCAGUUGGCUCGAAUGCAGCAGGUACGUUGACCUCCCUACCCUCGAAAGUGGCGUAAUCAAAACUGAAUCAGGAACAUAUUAAGUUAGGCCAGUAGUAUGAAACACCUUUUUAAAUCAAUCUGUUGCCUCUUUUUCUCCUUUAGGAGCAGCUGAGACAGCAGGCAAAAGAGAAGGUGAGCCUCUUCAAAUUUGUAAGUCAUUGACCAGUUUUUCGAAGUGCGGUGACCGCCACUUAAGGAUUAGAAUGUAAACUUAUCAGGGCCCUUUCCAUUUGCACGGAAAACCUGGUCUUAAUUAUGGUGGUAAAUCAAAUUUUUGUCUGGAAAUUUUCGAUGUAAGCUCCCUAAUGCUUUGUUAACUUAAUUUACAGCGUCAAAAUUCAGCACGACAGAAACCCAUGGCCAAGAGCUCUGUAUGUGGAGUGAUGUGAAGUGUCCCGUGCUACGUGACAACGCAUCUUUUCCUCGUAACCAAGAUCUUCAGAAUACCGAUAAAUGCCACAAAGUUGUGUCCAUAGAGCUUCAAGCACUGUGUUAGCCAAGGAGACCACCGUGAAGAGCUGUGUUUUACGUUUUAACUUUCCUAGUGAAGCGCUAUGUGAUGAUAUCGUUUUAUGCUGAGUUGGUAGAAGAGUUAUGGUUUGAGAUCGGCCUUUGGCUUCAUAUGAAAAAUAUUUUCCCUUCUAAAAGGGUACAAUUAAAUUAAAUUUAAGCUCAUACUUAGAGCAAUAUAAAUUAUGAAUGUCAGUUGUGCUCGGUGUCGGGCAAAAAUUUGUACUAAAGAGAGAAGUAUGCUUCACAAUUUUGUAAACAUUUUUGAGUGGUCUGACGUAGAUGUUUCCAUUUAUGGUUCACACCAUUUCCUAUGAAGUAUGAUUGAAUUAUCAUAGAGUAAUAGAGCAACUUGUAAUUGAGUGUUGUAAGUAAUCUGGGAUUGCUUUGGUUCAGCUUGACUUGUUCUAUUAUUGAUGCAGAAAACUCCCGCCACUUUCUAAACCAAUCAGAUUUAAAACUAAAACUAAUCGCAACUUGGUCAGUCGCGUUUUCCCGCGCUUUACGCAGUUUGAAUGUAUCCUUAUUGGCUCGCUGCGAUAUAUAUAUAUAUGUUUCUCUUUUAUUCGCUGUUGUGAUUACUUUGGUUUCGGUUUUACGACACUCAAUCGUAAUCAGCGCUAUUUAUAGUGGCUUUGAGACUUUCUUGAUUAGAUUUUGUUGGAAAAAUUGGCAUAAUUUCUUCAGAAGAGGGAAGACAUUUAUCUUUCUUCUAAGAAUGUCUCAAAACACUUCUUAAAUGAGUUUUUCCUUGAAAGAGGCGUCCACUAAUAUCUUUCAAAGUAGUUAAUAAUGAAACUGAAGUUACUGCUGGGCAGUUAAUCUUCUUAUGGCUUUAAAGAUUGAGAAAUAUCAAGAUAAGAAUAAUUUUUGCUUAGUUCUCUUGUAAGCAUGCUUCUAAGACCAUCUGUGUCAGAACGGGCACAUUUUUAUCGGCGAAAGCUUUUUAAAGAAAAUUAUAGUUAAACAUCUAAUAAAGCCUUGUCAUGUACAAUUUAAGGCGUUCGGUCAAAAGAUUAUUCUUGAUAGCCCAAAUUUAGGUCUGACUGGCAGAGCAAACUGAGAUGAAUUGUGGUGAAGAGGAGGGGGCCUGGUAAGUUAGUGGGUAGUUUUCGUAUAAUGGCUGAAUGCAAGUCCAGAGAUCAGCCUUUGGAAGGGUUACGAGUCGAGUAGCGCUUUAGAGCUCUAUUCUGUGUGUCCAAGUAAAAAUAUUCGUUUCCCUGGUAUGUACUUUAUAAAGUCAACCCUUUAACACCCCGAGGUAACUGUCAUUUAAUUUCUCCAUGCGGUCCCAAUGUAAAGAUCGAAUUCUCCUCUCUAAUUUAGAAUGACUUGGUAGAAUUGUCAGUUGGUAGAAUUACUGAUUGGAUCUUGAGAGUGAAUGGGUUGAAAAGGACAGAAAAACGUUUCGGACCUUCUUUCUAUAAACUUUGCAUAAUGUACAUGGUUUCUUUUGUGGGUACUAUUUUAAAAGGAAAGGCUCACUCUACGCUCUUAGUAUGGUAAAACUAUCUUACAGGUAAAUUAUUGCAGUGCAAUCUGCCGAAAGCAAAGUAUUUUUCGCAUUUGCACAAAUUGCCUUUAAAUAAAUGCAAC